CACAAAGCUAUAGACACAGUUCAACACCACAGUGUCUACCAUGGCGGAGGUUGAUAUCAUUUUCGCGGUAUGUUUCUGUUUAUUGCUAAUAAUACCAGAAACCUUGUGUACAGGAACGCCAAUGGUAACGACAACUCUCGGGAAGAUAGUUGGUGAAAGAGUUAAUGUGGAUACCGGUAAUGGCGUGGGUAUAGUUGAUCGCUUCCUUGGGAUACCAUAUGCAAAACCCCCAGUUGGGAGACUUCGAUUCGCCAAUCCCAAGAGACACCCUGGAUGGGGAGAAGGCAUUCGACAAGCGACACAAUUCGGUCCCCACUGCCCGCAGCCUGACAGCUCAAUUUCCCUCUACGCCGCCCUAGGACGAACAAUCAUCAACCUCACACGGGACGAAGAUUGUCUGUUUUUGAACGUGUACGUGCCACGUGGUGUUGAUGUUCUACGUCAGACAGGCGUUCGCCAAGCGAUUUUAAUUCAUUUUCACAGUGGUGCUUUCAGGGCAGGAACAGGUGCUACUUUUAAUGGAGAUAUUCUUGCACUGGAGUCUGAUGUCGUCCUCGUCACUAUAAACUACAGACUGGGCUUUCUGGGGUUCUUCAGCACGGGGACUGACGAGGCAAGAGGGAAUUACGGCCUUUAGGACCAGCACUGGGCUAUUAAAUGGGUACGGGAGAAUGCUGAGGAAUUUGGCGGAGACUCUGAUCGUAUAACUCUAAUUGGUGAUUCGGCAGGAGGGGCGUCGGUGGAUUUUCAGAUGGUCUCUCCUCUAAAUCGUGGUUUGAUACAGGGAGGGAUAUCAGUUAGUGGGUCAAGCUUGGCGCCUUGGUCUCUGACUGAGUCUUCGAACGUCAGUUUGGAGUUUUCAAAAAUGGUCGGAUGUGACAUGCCUCGACCAAGAGCAAGACUCCGCUGCCUCCGCAAUAAAGACGCUCAGGAAUUGGCGGAGAUAAGAGAGGAAGGGCUACGAGGAGGACUCGACUGGCGACCAAAUAUAGAUGGAGUUUUCAUAUCAAGACACCCGCGAGAACUUCUGGGAGAAAACGUGACAUCCGGGCUUCAUUAUAUGGUAGGUGCUACCUCCCAUGAUGGCAGCAUCUACUCACUUCCUGCAGCAGGGAACCCUCCUACUGUUGCCCAGCAACGCUUCAUUUUUCAAACGUAUGCAUCAGUCGCGUAUCAUUUCAAUUUGGAAAGCGCUGAAGUCGCUGUUGCUAGGUCCUUGCUUCACGAAUACGGUCUCAUCGAAGACCCCAUGGAUCCUUUGGAUGUCCUUACCCGGGCCGUGCAACAGAGCACUGAUCUUCUCUAUGGAAUGCCAGCAGAGGAGUCGGCGAGACUGAACGAAGCUGGAGGUGCCACAACGUAUAAAUACACAUUAUCUAUUCGUCUUGGCUAUCCACCUUCUUACUUACCUAAAGCGGCUUUUGUACGAGCUGAACAUUUUGAUACCCGCAUUCUGUAUUUUGGUGUGUUUGAACAGCACCCAGAGGUAUAUAACUUGACAGCUGAGGAAUUGGAACUUGGAAGAACCAUCAGGCGGUAUAUAGCUAACUUUGUAAAAAAUGGUGACCCAAAUGUAGGUGACCCGGUCAGCGUCCAAUGGCCUGAAUACACAGUGUCUUCCAGACAAUUCAUCAACCUGGACACGCCCACCACCGUGGAAACAUUCGAUAGGGAGCGCCAGUAUCUGUUUGCGACCGAGGUACUUCCGGCCAUAGUGAGAGUGGGUAAAGAAGCUGACGAGGCUCGAACACUUUCUUCUAAAGGAAAGAAAUGCAGGAACAAAGGUUCGAAAAUGGGUAAAUCUCCAAGGUCCAUGAUGGAUUAACAUAGUUACAUGAAUUUGUCGGCUCAAAUUAUACUUCUUAAUGACAAUGAGAAGAAACGUUUUCAAAUUAGAC